CUGUCAGAUCGGACUAUCGAGAAUGGUUGAGAAUGGGCCCGUUUACGAUAUAUUUGUUUUUCGAAAAGAAAAUAUCUGUAAAAUGUGAGAAAAUCAAAUAGAGGAUAUCACAACGGAGUCACCAACCUAUCUCACAUUUGUAAAUGAAUAACUAUUUUCGUAUUAACCUUUCGAUAAUAAAAUAUCAAUAAACUAUACUUUGCCUAUGACUGAAGGAAUGUAAUAUCGCUAUUUGCACAAACUACCGAAAUGGAAUCUGAACCUCCCGACAAAAAAUUCGACAUGAAACGAGAGAGGAAUUUUCCCAAUUUGGACCUAAGUACACAGCUGAAUACCUCAACUCAACCUAUUUUGGUAGUGCAGUCACCCAAAACUCCAACCUUAUCAAGAAAACUAAAAGCCGUGAGUCUAGAUUCUGAGCCACAGAAGGAAAACAGCACAAGUUUAGAACUAUCAAGAGAUGUUUUUUCAAUGCCAAACACACCCAAGAAACAGAUCAAAUCAAAGUUACUAUCCGAAUUCAACGACGAAGCAAACAAAUUGACACCAUGUUUUCCAUCAAAUCUCAAGAAAUUCGCUUCUAACACCAGCAUAUCGGGAUCCCAAACAUUGAAAACACUUCCAGAAAUUAUGACCUUGCAAGAUUUCUCGGAUAAUCAAAAUUCGAAAGCGGAACCGGUGAAAUUCAAACCUAAGGGUCUGUUGGAAAGAAGGGGAUCCAACGCAAGUCUUACCAUAGAUUUAGGUUCUAACCCGAGUAUUUCGGAACCUAAGGUGCAACCGUUGAUGCGAUUGAAUACAGCGAGAAGUGUUUCCAAUUUGAAUCUGACCACUUUUGGGACGAGUGAGAAAUGCCCUUGCUUGAAAAGGUUCGAGAACGGGAAGAAGACUGGUGAGAGGAGAAAAUCGCAGGAGACUUGUGGAAAUUGCAUCAUUUACGAGUCGGUGCCAAGUAAGGUGGAUGGUUGUAAGAGCAAGUGUCAGAUUCCGAUAAAGCGUUGCGUUUGUACGGCUUCAAAGUGUCGCAGAAAAUCUCUUUCGAACGAGAACCUUUAUGUGCCACCUUGCGGUUUCUGUCAAAAUGGUUCUUUCAAAGAAUGCAUCGGAACCUCUAAAAACUGCAAAGGGUAUCGCAAGGCUUUCUACCCUCGACAGCCGGAUAUUGAGGACAACCAGUUACUUUCCGAGGAUUUUAAGAACCAUUUACAGAACAUGCAGUAUCUGCAAACGGCAGGUUGUGUCCUUUCUAUCCAGGAUCUGAAGGAGGCUUGCGAGGAAAGUAGGGUGCCGAAGUUGCAUCAGGAGUUUUGGGAGGUUCCGUUGAACCUCCAAGAGAAGUGUUACGUGUCUGGAAGUCAGAGCAGGAAUAGAUACAAGGGUGUCUUGCCAAACGAACACAGUAGAGUUCACUUGCCAGGAGUACAAACUUAUAUACAUGCCAACUACAUUAAGGGACCUGAUUAUACCGAGACAGCUUAUAUUGCCACUCAAGGACCUAUGGCCCAUACUUGCCAAGAUUUUUGGAGUAUGAUUUGGCACACAAACUGCCAAAUCAUAGUGAUGCUCACGGGUCUUGUUGAAAAGGGGAAAAACAAGUGCGAACUGUAUUUUCCGAUUGGUAAAAGAACGGAUUCCCCCGACUCCAACAAGUUCCUCGUCAAAACCUUCAAAGUGAGGGAAAAGUUCACGUUUGACAGCAAGCAUAACUUCCAGGAAUUCGAGGAAGAAAUGGUGGAGUUCGAGGCACUGGACGAAGUCACGUUUGGUAACUUUAAAAUUAAAUAUUUGUCGGAGGAAAACUUCUUGCAGGACUGUCCGUUGAGGUACUUAGAGUUGACAAGGUUGGUGGACGGUAGGGAACCCGUCGAAGAGAAAAGGGUGAUCAAACACUAUUGGUUCACCAACUGGCAGGACCACAAGAUGGCCGAUCCCCGGUUGGUCCUCAACGUGGCCCUGGAUGUCUUGGAUAACAUCCCUGCGGAAAAAUCCAAGGAAUCUAAGCUCGAGACUCGAGUAACAAGCAACGUUGUCCGAAAAAAGGACCUGUUUAACAACCACGAAGGUAUCAGAGAGGACGAGGAACCGUCUGAAGUGAAAAAGGAAACUGCGAAGGGACCCAUGUGGUCAUCCUUCGAGAAUUCCAGGAAUCCUUUCUCUUAUUCCUUUUCCAACGCGGAGAAAUCGAGGUCUAUGGAAAAUUCCUCGGGUUCCGAUACCAACGACAACCCUUUCGACAUCAGACUGCGGAGGACCCCCCGGAUGGUGAAGAACCAAAGGUUCGGCCUGGCCAAAUCCGAGGAAUCCAGGAAGAAGGUGGGGGAGGCCAGACAGGUGGACCAGUGGGGUAGGACAGUUGGAAAGAGAAAGGAAACCGGGGGGCUGUUGAGGAAGGAUAAAAAAACGGAGGAAGCACAGAAGGGCCCCAGCAAGGCGGUGAACGGGGUUAUACCAAACAGUCCCAAGGAAUCUUCCAAAGGGACCCAUUGCCAAAGGAGACCUUCCUCGGAUAACGUCAAGGUACCCCUGGUGGUGCAUUGCAGCGCUGGGAUUGGAAGGACUGGCUGUUUCUUGGCCAUCCUCAACGGCAUACAACAGCUGAAGAACGGCCUCAACGUCGACGUGCUGGCCAUCCUGUGCUCGUUGAGACUGAACAGAGGCGGCAUGGUACAGACGGCCGAACAGUACGAGUUGAUACACAGGGUGUUGAAUUUGUUUGCCGAAGUCAUGUAGAUCCUUACUUCAAGUAACAGAAGACACAUAUCCUGGAUAUUUCGAGUUGGCCGUGGUGUAUCGUGUCGCCAUGACUACGUCAGAUUGAGGUUAUGUACGGUGGGUUUAGGCUAUGUCUAUGUUAUUGAGGUUAUGGGCAUCGAGUUCAGAUGAAAUAUCCUUUGAAAUACUCAGGUUGUUUGGUUUUAUGGGGGGUAAAGAUGAGGGCUUAGGCUUCUAGAUGAUUGGGCCGAUAUUUAUUUCUAAAUUACUUGACUAUUGUGGAGAUUACGGAAGAAUAUUUUGACAUGUUAGCAUGAAACGCUCUGUAUAUUUGUGUGUUAGUCAUGCGGGGUGUGCAAGGUGUGAGGGCGUGACCUUGCAUGUCCUGGAUAUUUGUCUGUUCAAGGUAACAAAAACUGAUAAUCAUAGAAAAUAAAUAUAUGUGAUAAUAUUUUAGAUCUUAAGAAAGGAUAAUUCUCUACUAUACAAUAUUUUUAUUAUAUUUUUGUUGAGUAAUUUUUUAACAAUUAAAUAUAUUUACCAAAAUAUUUCUUUAAGACUUUUCUAUUUUGGUUUGUAUUCGCUACUUCGAAGGAAGGAUUUCGUGAAAAGUUUGUACGUUCUUGGUUUCUCAAAUAGGUGUUCAAUAGGUAACUGUUAAGCUGAUGUAACCUGAUGUUUACUUUACGAAACUGUUAUUAUCUAUUAUUUAAUUGUUAUCGUUCUAGGUGAUUUUUUUUUAAACCUUGUUAUAUAUGAAAAAUUUGUAUCCCUUCAUUCUUCUUUUUUCUAGUUCCUUCGUCAUGUGAAAAUAUACGCGCACUGCCUAAAAAUCCUAUAUUCAACCGGAUGGAUUUCAUCUAGUGGUAUAUGAAUUUUUAGGACGUUUUUCCAUGAUUUUUUUUACACGAAUUGUGAUUCUCUAAGAUGGUCGUUGUUUCUGAAAUAAGGAAGGAAUCGAUAAAUAUUCGUUUAUUCAAUGGAGACGAAUUAUUUUGAAAACAACGAUUGAUGUUCAAAAAAAGAGUGAUUUUGUACUAUUGGUAAUGGAGUUGAAUUAAUGAAUGUAUUAGGUAUACGUGGACUUAUAGAAGACAGUUGAUGUUCCCUGAAAUUAAUAAAUUGUUUAAUCAC